AUUGCGUAUAACAUGCGCAAAGCAUGUAUGUUUUGAUAUUUUGUAGUGUUUAUAUGUAUUUGCCCGUGUAUUCGAUAUGCAUCCAUUUAAUGCUAUUUAUUGCUGAAAUGACAUGGAAGCAUUAGAACAGGCGGAGAAGAUGCGCGACUCAGUGACAAUGGAGGAGGGAAAUGAAAAUCCAAGCGUAGAAGUUUCUAUUUCGCCUGAAAGUGAGGUUAAGGUUCCUUCAGAAGUUUCACAUUGUAGAAGCCCAUUGCAAGAUAUAUUCAAGAAACCGCAACUUAUAAUUGGUCCUCGAAGAGGUAAAGUUAUUGGCAAAGUACGAAGUAUAGAUAAUAAACCUCAAGAAGAACCGACAGUGACAGAAGUUACAGGGAAUAUUCCACUUACAGACUCUAACAUAAGUGACGAUUCUGAAGCAGACCCAAGCACUGUGAUAAAUUCAGAAACAAAAAUAAGUGGUGCAGUAUCCCCGGCAGAGAUGAUUAAAGAAAGCUCGCUUCCAUUACCAUACAAGGAGCCGAAGUGGAGUGGCAUACCAAAUGAAAUAUAUAGUUUCGAGGUUUUGAAGUCCGGUAAAAUAUUGGAAAAUGUCAGUUUAAAUUCCAAGCCCUUUUAUGUCUUUGGCCGCUUAUCAACUUGUGAUAUCCAUAUGGCACAUCCAACAAUUUCAAGGCACCAUGCUGUGUUGCAAUACAGAUCUCAAGAAAGUGAAAAUAACCCUAUUGGAUUUUAUAUAUAUGAUCUCGGAAGCACACAUGGAACAUUUCUAAAUAAAAAUCGGAUCAAAUCCAACAUGUUUGUACGUGUACAGGUGGGACACAUACUAAAACUGGGUCUCAGCACACGUUUGUUCCUGCUGCAAGGGCCGGAAGAGGAUAUGGAGGAAGAAUCGGAACUCACUGUCACACAACUGAAAGAGAAGAGACAGCUGGAACUUGCAGCCAAAGAACUUGAAGAGCUAGAAUAUCAGCGGCAGGAGGAGGAAAGGUUAAAAUUGGAGGAAGAACAGGGCAUUGACUGGGGAAUGGGUGAUGAUGCUAAUGAGGAGACAGAUUUGGCAGAAAACCCAUUUGCUGCAACACAGAAUGAAGACCUGUACAUUAAUGAUCCCAAAAAGACUCUGCGUGGCUGGUUUGAACGAGAGGGCUACGAAUUGGAAUAUGAUGUUGAAGAGAAAGGAUUUGGACAGUUUCUGUGCAGAGUUGAAUUACCAAUUGAAAAUGCAAGGGGCAGCACAAUGAUAGCUGAGGCCCUUGUGAAAGGGAAGAAAAAGGAAGCAGUAAUUCAGUGUGCUCUUGAGGCCUGCAGGUUGUUAGACAGAUACGGACUUCUCCGUCAAGCUACUCAUGAGAGCAAGAAGCGCAAAGCAAAGGAUUGGGAGGCUGAGGAUUACUAUGACAGUGAUGAGGAUACCUUCUUGGACAGAACAGGAACUGUAGAAAAGAAACGACAGCAGAGGAUGAGAGCUGCUGGAAAAAAAGAUCCAGGAGAGGUUGUUGAGACCUAUGACUCUUUGGUGAAGAAACAUAAUGAGAUAUUAUCACAACUUCGGGAUCUAGAAAUUCAACUUAAGACAGCAUCAGCAACUGUUAACAAGUCCCCAUUUGAACAACAUAAGAAUGAUGGUGAUGGUGACGAUGAUGAAGACGCCCUUGACGCCUUCAUGAUGAAACUGUCUGCCCCAGAAUUUGACAGAAAACUAGUAAGCAGAAUUAAGUCUCAAUUAACGGCUCUGAAACAAGAAGAAAUCCGACUGAGGAAUUUGGUAAACAUUGUGAGGCCAGCUAAUCUGCCUGAACUGUGUCCACCUGAGAAAACUGAUCUGUCUAUAAAUUUAUCUGUAACAUGUAAGAAAGCUGUUCCACUAAUUGGAACCAGAUGGAAACCAGUUAACAAAAAGAAACAAUUUCAGAUGGAAUGUACUGAGGCUGUCUCAGAUUCAUCAACAUUGAAGGCAGAACAAGAACAAGAGGAGGAGGAGGAGGAGGAGGAGGAAGAGGAAAGUGAAGAGAUAAGACAGGAGAGUGGAAAAUCUCCUGGUUCCCAUGUAGAACAAGAAACCAAAGCAUCAGGCCAUAAUGAAGAGGCAGAGGAACCAAAUGGUACUGAACACAAAGACAAAGGAUACAAGAUGGAAACAGACAUUUUGCAGAUUGAGAGCCCCAAAAAAUUACAUACACUUAAUCAGAAAACCAAAGUCUUUGGGCCUACAAUGCCACCAACUCUGAAAGAAAACUGUGAAACCACAUCCCACAUUGAUAAAAUGGAACUUACACAGCCUCAGAGUGAUGAUGAUGAUGAGAGAAAGAAAGAGAGGAAGAAGAAUAGGAACAAAAGAAGGAUACAGAAAAGACAUAAAAAGGCAAUGCAACAAAAAACAGAUUAUGAUUCAUCAGACCCCAAGUAUUCAGUGUGGAUGCCACCAGAAGACCAGAAAGGUGAUGGAAGAACAAAACUGAAUGAAAAAUAUGGCUAUUGAUAAACCAGCAUAUAAGCCUGUUGGUACAUCUCAUUACAAAAAAGAGGACAAACAUAAGAAUGUAUGAUUAUGUGUUACCCUGUAGAAGUUAAUAUUUAUAUGGCCAAUAAAAAACUAUCUGAAUUUA